GACACCCGGACCAACAGAGAAGACAGAUAAACAAACAUUAAAACAGAUUAUUUAGCGAAAAUCAAAGCGAUAUUCGUCCGCUGAAGCUCGUUAACACUCACACAAUCCAUGUGCUUUUCAAGGCAUGGCGGAGAAACAGGACAACGAGGUGGAGGAGGCUGACCAAAUCUACUUAUUGAUGAAGGAGGAGUAUCGGAUUUCUAGGAAUGUGCGUCUGGCAUGGUUCCUUGGUAAGCUUAACCAAGUCAUCUGGCCAGCAUCAAUGCCUGAACUGCUGAACUCAGAGAAUGAAUUGGACUUGUUGAGCAUCUUACCGAAAGGAUGGCAGCCAGAUUUCUCACCGACCAUGUACCCUUACAUGUUGGUGCCCUCCACUCGGGCCACCUUCCUGGCUCGGAGGUACAGAUUCAUCAUCGAGCUGGAUCUCAGCCCUUCCACAGGGAUUGUGGAUGACAGCACAGGAGAGAUGAUCUUUGAUGAAGUUUUUCAUGCCUUGUCAAAGUGCCUUGCUGGUCUGGCCCAACCAUUCACAAUCCCUGGAACUGAUCAGCUUUUCAAACCAAAGAUCUUUAUCACCAUCUUAGCGUAUUCAUCAAUUAUCGGCCUCACUUCCCAUCAGGUUUUGGUACAGGGCUGUCAACUUCAAAGAACAGACCUCAGUGAGUUUUUGCAUCACAUCUAUCAGCAGCUCAGAGCGGUGGAGAGCAACAUUGCUGAAGUCCUUCACCAGCAGCAUGAACAGUCUCUGGAGCCAGUUCUAAACCCAAGCCUUCAUAGGAACAACAUGGACAAUCGGCCUCACAGGAAGCAGGGCAUUUCUAUGGUGUCAGCUGAUAUGGGUUUGCUCAGCAUGGUACGCCAGGGCAUUCUGGCCCUUCAGCUGCUGCCUCCAAACUCCAGUGCAGGUAUCAUUAUUAUUACAGAUGGAGUGACAAGUGUCCCUGAUGUAGCAGUGUGCGAAACCUUGCUGAACCAGCUCAGAAGUGGAACCAUUGCUUGCUCUUUUGUACAGGUUGGUGGUGCAUACUCCUAUGACUGCAGCUUUGGAUACAUACCCAAUGUAGAGCUGAUGAAGUUCAUCUCAUUAGCUACCUUUGGCUCAUACCUGCCCAGCUGCCCUGAAAUUGACCUGACCAGCCAAGAUAUGAACGCCUACCACAAGGCCUUUUUAACUUACUCCUUCCUCAAGACCCCAGAGUCAAUGAAUUCAGAGUCCUACUGUGUUUCUGAACACAAACUGUUUAAUGAGCAUCUGGUGUCAGCCAGUGGUAACCCCGCCCUGGUCAUGAGGAGGAAGAAGCACACAGAGAAGGAAGUCCAUGCUCAUUUAAUCAGUGUAGUGUCUGUGCGACUGAGAGAGGGCUACACCAUCAGAGAAAUCAGCCUCACCAAAGGUGGAACUCAAUUGGAGGUGAAACUGGUGCUGUUAUGGAAACACAACAUGCAUAUUGAGUACCUGGCAGCAGCUUCAUGGCCACUGGACCCCACCAAGAGAACCACAAAGGUGGAAGUGACGAUGGAGGGAAGCUAUGACAUUCUACAUGACAUCAGCUGCACCCAGAGGAAACCCAUCACCAGCCCGUACCGGACCUCUGUUAUUCGCCGCUUUUGGAACACACUGCAGAGCAUCAACCAGACUGAUCAGAUGUUGGUGCACCUCCAGGCAUUCAACUCAGUUCCUGAGAACUUCAUGAUUCCUGAAAGCACCAAAAAUGGAGUUCCUCUGUUCUACAUCCCCCCUGGCUCUACUACUCCGGUUCUGUCCCUGCAGCACAGUGGAUCCAAAGACUCCCCUCAGUCCAAGUUUGCUUCCUACUGGAAACCCAUCCUCUCCAUGGAUGCCAACUUCUGGCAAAGAUGGCUCCAUAUGCAUCGCAUCACCAUCAUCCUUGAACAUGACAUGCCUGUCCCCAAGCACCUGCACACAGCUGGAAAUAACGGACGUUACAGCACCAUUCAGUGUCGAAUCUCCCACUCUGCCCUCACAUCACUGUUAAAGGACUGGAGCAGCUUUGUGCUUGUGGAGGGUUACUCAUAUGUUAAACUCAUAUACAGUUCAUCCGAUCAUCCUCCCACGUCUUUCUACCUGGUCCGGCUGAUCUCUAAGACACCUUGCAUGGUGCUUCGGCUGGGCUUUCCAAUUGGUACACCUGCCCAUGUCCGAAACAAGAUUGUCGAUGAGCUUCGAGAACAGAUCCUCAAACUUCGCUUUCCUCACCGUGUUCAAAACAAAGAGGCCACCCCCAAGACCAAAAGGAAUCAAUCUCCAUCUAAAUCUUCCAUCCCUGCUCCCAAACCUGCGCUGUCAGACAGACCCUGUGUGGUAGUCUUGAACAAGCCCCUGGAGAAGCUUCUCAUAAGGUAUGAGAAGCUGCCGGUAGACUUUAAGACCCCCUUCAUUUUAAAUAUGGAGAACUUCCAGCCUUCCAGCAGAACUGUGCCACUAAGCAUGGCAGCCAACCGAACGGCCUCCUCUACCCUGGCCUCUCUGUCCCGUUACUUCCUGCACCAGCGCUGGGUGUGGGCCGUGCAGAGCAGCCAAGGAUCGGCUGUGGCAAUGCAAGCUGUUGCUCACAUCCUGUCGAUGCUCUCUGACAUCCGUAUAUCGGAAGGCUUCCACUUUGCUGCCAGUGGAGAGGGAAUCGUAAACAUGGUGAUCGAGCUGCCAAUGCAGGGGAUGUCAGGUGACACGAACAAAGAGAGUCACUCUUGCAUUGUUCAGUACAUCCUGUUUCCACCCCACUCUGCUUCAACAAAGGACAGCUUUUCCACCGAUGAUGAUAAUGACACAGAGGUGGAGGCUGUAGACAUGGACACAGACCUGAGCCUGGUGACAGAGUGCUGGGUAGAACCUCAGAGUGGCGUGGUGAUGAACUGCAUGGACCAGCAUCGCCACUUCCAGGGCCUCAGUUACCAGGAGAUCCCUCAAGCAAUUUUCCCAAGGGAUCUGACUUGUAUAUCCACCAUGAUGACCUUUGAGUAUUUGAGCCUAUUGUGUCAGAAUAAGGAGCAGAUCUGCUCACUACCAGUUGGACUCAAGGAUGUGAGAGGAGGAGCUGUGGCCUCUGAGGACAAUGUUCACAUGAUUCCUUUUCAGUUUGACCUUAUUCAGCUGCUUCCAAAAUGCCAGCAGGUUGAACUCCUCUUCCACACAUUCAGUACAGUGAUGGAGAACACAAAACAGAAUCACAGCUCCCCCUGUCUGCCAAACGAGCUCCUGCUCAGCCUCUUCCACAGCAGGCUGGAGCAUGAGCUCAAUGACAGAGAGAUCCUGUUGGCUGACAGUGAUCAUGUCGCCUUCAUGCACCACAUAUUAGAGCGAGAACGAAACGGCCACUCCGCUCCAUUUUCCUUUCCUAUUAACAAAGGGGAGUGUGUAAAGACUCCAGACAGACAGGACACUAUGACAUCGUUUCACACCACUGGCAGCAGCAAAGAGGUGAUGGGAUCUACCAGCACUUUACAGAGUUUCAGUAAUGCAGACCUUGUGGAUGAUGAACCCUUGCUGUUGGAUAGCAGCUGCUCUGUGCCACAGUGGAGGUGCUACGCCAAGUAUAUCAGCCCUCAGCAGAUACUCCUCACUUUCCUCCCUGUUUCUUUCACAGAUGUUCUGAUGUUGAUGGCUACAGGGCUAGAGACAGAGCCUCAGAGUAACAUCAGCAUGCAGGAUGAUGACACUUUGAUGACUCCCAGCAACAAAUCUCAGGUUGACACUCUAUCUGGUUCCAUCAGUGGGCUGGAGAGGUCUGAGUGCGGCCUCAGUUUGGCCAGUGAACUACAAAGAAAGCCCAGCAAUGGACAUUUUUCCGCAGGAUCCCCUGUGCUUUCACCUCAGUCCGAAGGCCAGACAUGGCCUACUGACUCACUGAUGCUGGAACAAGACAGCUGUGACCAUAGGGUAACAGAGAUAGAGAAUGGGACCCUAAACUCAGAUGUGGGAGAAAAAGAGGUCCAGUUCUCUGAACCACAGAAAGCAGAUUUCAGCUUUGACAGACAUGGUUCCCAGCAGAGCACCAGUUAUAGCAGCCAGUUAAAGUGUCCAGUCUACGUCUACAACUGCUCUCUGGAGCACCUUAAGGACCAACUGUUACACACCAACUUCACUCCCCAGCCCAGAGACAUCUUCAGGUCACUGUCUCAGGACCGCAGCAUUCCAUCCCUUUGGACAGACCUCCUGGCUCAGCCACACAAACACAAGGAGCUGGCCAACUACUGCAGCCUGUUGCAUGAGUAUUACCACCAGAGCUAUGUCAAAGGUGUGUACAGCAGUCUGCAGCAGUCCUACAGCAUCAGCUCUCAGGAUGUCCUGACAGCCAUGGACUACUGUGAAGAAUCCCUGCAGGAGAUCGACGUCACAACAUUUCUACAUACCCUCUGCGGACACAUUAGGGUCCUCCGUGAACAUGGUGGGGCUCCAGGAUGGGGAGGGAAUCCACAACUGUCAAAGACAACUGCCAACUUUAGCAUUGGUGAUGUUGAGGAGCAACCAGAUGACACGGCUGCCAUGGCGUUCUUGUCAAGGAAUGUUGAAAUGGUGGUUGCCAGUGGAGCUGAUUGUUUCGGGAAGGUGUCUGGUCCAUCUCCAUUGAUUAUGCCUGAAUCCAAGACUAUGAAGAUGCCAGAGUUCCCACUGACACUGCUUCAGACACAGCCCAAGUGUGAAGUGUAUCCUGAUCUUCACAAAAUAAUACAGGAUAAAUUCAUGGAGAUUGUCUCUCAGUAUUUCAAAACUGUGCCAUCCAAUCCACACUACUUCUUCUACUGCCCACCUUCAUCAAAGAAAGAGGAGAACUCAGAGGAUGAUGAGAUAGAGAGUAGACCCGGUGAGGAGUUGGUGUCAGAAGCUGAGCUGGCUACAGAGGACGAAAAUAUACCAGGAUGCUUUGCUACAGAGAGUGACACAGAUUUGGUGGUGGAGUAUGAGCUUGAUCCAGGAACAAGCUCCUGCGGAGAGAGUGAAGAUCAGUCCCUCUCAGACUCCAACACUGUCAAUCAGGACCAGGACUCCUUCAGCAUCCUUGAGGGAGACUAUCUGCUCCAGCCUGAGGGGCCACAGCUGGACAUGCCCCCACUGUUUCUUCAUAUCACAUGUUCUGUUAAUAUGAAAAGCUGCCAUGGCUCUAUGCCCAUACAGACACUGCCUACCUGCCUAGGUGAGAUUAUUUCUUGCCUGGAGAAUGCUGAGGAUUUACAUUCUGUGGAUUUGAAUGAGCUCUCUGUCACUUUGGAUAUUUUUGUCCUGACACUACCUCUGGAGAUUGAUGUUAUGGCUGAUUUCCAGCACAACAGGUACACCUCAGAAAGCAGUGUGUCCCUGAAUCGUUCACCAGGACAGCCCUCCUCUUAUCGCUCUGAUGAAGAGCUUAUUGCAGUGUUGGACAGUCUCAGGGGUUCCGAAAUUGAUGGGGUCUCUGGUGAUCCUUUAUCCAAACUCCCAGGUGCUCACAAGUUAGCAAUUCUGGCCACAAUGGAUAAGAUCCAAUGGCUACUGGAGGAUGAGAUUGUUUCUGCUCUGCGUCACACACGGGUCAUCAGCUCGGCCACGCUACAGAAAGUAGCGGAACAUGUUUUGCGCUCCAGUGGUCGACCUCACUGUCAAUGUGAAGAUGUCCCACUUCAGUUUGUCUUUGGGCCUGAGCAGUCCCUGGAAAAAUUCAAAGAGGAGUUCCAUAGAAUGUCAUUCUCUGGCUAUGUCCUGAAUGGACAACAGGACAACUUCUACUACAUGUCCCUGAGCAGACUUCACCCACAGAGGAUCCAUGCUACCAGGAGGCUCUCAGAGAAAACUGCAGACCCACCAUCACACAGUGUUGGAGCACAGAUGGAGGACAUGAUGCUGGGGAGUGAAGCAAAGGCAGACAGCGAGAGUGAAGACAAUAAAACUGUCAGUGUUGUUAUUGACAAUCCCAGUGACAUAACUGCUGACACUCGUGAGCCAAUCAAAGCCUUGAACCUUGAAGAAGAUCAUACCACUUAUCAGAGCUCGGUUAGCAUGGUUGGAGGCCGAGGGCCGCCCAGUGCCCCCCAGCUCCAAGAUUAUUACUGUACAGAGCAGACCUCACCCCCCAAGAUGCCAUCAAGUGUCAACUUGGCUGAGUCCAUGCAGUCAGCCUCUCAUAGCUGCGGCAAACUCAGGCCGGGUCGAGUCCAGAGUGUCGUCUCAAGCCAGGGCAGUAUGGACUCAGAUAUGCAAGGUUAUGAUGGCGGAAGCAGUGACUCUGAGUGUGAGAGCCCCACACCGGAUGAACUGGAGUUUCAGUCACCACUGAUGCCAGACUUCUGGCUGAUUGUUAGGAUCCACCAGGACAGAGUUAAGGUCUACUCCCACUCCAGGUGCUUCACAGAAGCAAAAGAGGUCAGUGCUGACAAAUUGGACGAGAAGGAAGAAGAGCAGAAUCUGCCCGAAUGCCUACAAUUGCAUCAAGUGGUGGUCAGGAAGAUUGGUGAAAUCUGCAGAAUAGUCAAUCAGCGUAUGCUGCUGCAGGACCUACACGACAGCCAUGUGUGUAACUCUCUGCUGGUUGCUGAAAGUGAGGAAGACAUCUGGAAGAAUGAAUCUCUCUACAGGCAGAGACUCAACACUUCUGAUGAUUACAACACAGAGGACAGCUUCCAGGCCAGAGACUACUUGGCAGCCACCAUGCAGUUCAUCCCUGGACAUUUUGCCUGUGAUGUGGUGUGGAGCACAAUCAUUCACAUUCAUCCACGUCUCAAGAUGGGGCCUAACAUUGGGGUGUCCAGGGCAAUCCAGGCCCUGCGGUCUGUGUUGAAUUCUUUCUGUGUGGUCAACAGAAAGAACAUGUUUGUCUACCAGGAGCGUUCAACCAAAUCAGUCUUCUACCUCAGACUUUGUGAAACUUCGCUAACCGGAAAGUACUCUGAUGUGGAUGGAAACCUCCACAUGACUCACUCCAUUGGGCUUUUCAGGAGUCAAGAGCCCUUGUUUUCCGAAGACUUCACAGGAUCCAGGUCUUCUGUGGAGGGAUCUCGGCCAGUUGGACAAGUAGACAAGCACAUUCUGCUGCUGGUGCAUGGAGUGGGAAAUGCAGGUCCAGAGAUCACAGACGAGCUGGUUAAGGUUCUGCGGAAGCGCCUGGACGAGACCACCUUGGACAUUAUCACUGUCAUGCUUGUCAGGAACUGCAAACUGACACCAGCUGAUGUGGAGUUCAUCCAGCCAUCAGGAUCCCCAGCCACUGAGGUGAUGAAGUUCAGCCUCCCCCAGUACUGUUUUCCUUGGAUGACAGCUGUGGCUCACUACCUCAGGCAGAACCUCCUCAUUUUCCUGCAUGUUCCCAAGUACACUGACAGCAAUACUGCACACCAGUUCAAGCACUGCUUUCAUUUGAGCAGUGAUGUGGUGGAUGGUGAUGUCUACCUCUACAACAAACCUGGAGGCCAAGGGACAGGAGGCAAAGGUAUUGCUUGCAUUGCCCUCUCAUUUGUGGAUGCCCAUGGUCAUCCCCUUCAGGGUUCAACUCAGGACUGCACUACAUUACAGAGAUCAGAAAACUGCAUCAGCCCUCCUCAAAUAGACCAUUUUGAUGAGCUGACUAGUGUGGUUAAAGUGGACUCCAUCUUUAUCAGCUCAGAGCCACAGCUUUAUGUGCGCUUUGACAUCUGGGAACAAGGCAACAUCAGCCCCUUACAGCUAAGUAAUAAACUGCAGGCGGCACUGCGCCAUGCUCUUUGUGAUGUUGUCAUGGAGCUAAGAAUCCUGCCACAUCCUCUGUGUGUGGAUAUGCUGUGCCUAUCAACCAAAACCCAGAAAGAAGAGAAUAAAGGGCCGUUGAUUCCUUUACCUGAGGUAAAAGAAGUAAAGGACAGCCCCAGGCAGCGCAGUGGCUCACGGGUCUUUAAAACCAGCCCUUCUCCCAUCACCUUAACCCAAGUCGUGGGGAGCACACCCAUUACAGGGACCAGCUCACCUGAGUCCACCACCCCUACUGGCAAGAGCACCCGCAGGAGUUUCUGGGAUAUACUGAGUAAGCCAGACUCAUUGGAGCUCGGGAGCCCAAAGACAACUGAUGACAUAGUACAAGAAAAGGGAGAAGAAGGCCGAGCCGCUCGACGUAGACACAAGACGGAGACCAUAAAGCAGCAGUGGAGCCAGGAGAAGGCUUUGGAGCAGGAGCAUACCCAUAGGCGGCAGGUGUCUCAUUUGGAGGAGGGAGAUCUAGGCACUCUUCACCCUGUCUACCAGGAUACAUGCCAAGCAUGGAUCACUUUCAUGGCGAAACUUGCCUGCCCCUCCAUUCAGCAGUGCACGGCUGAUAUCGCCUCACACUUCCUGCUGCCUUCUAUCUUGGCAGAGCUUGUCAGUUUGGUCAGUACUCUUGCCAGUGAUACGACUGUGAAGGUAUUUGAAAGGACAAGCUACCCCCCAUCUGGAGACAUAUUCGUACCAUUUGCUCUUAUCCAGAACCUCGGCCAGCCUUCAGAUACCAAAAGGAGUUUCAUUCUUGUUGGCCGCAACUUCAAUCAGUGGCACUGUAGCACAGAGCAAGUUCAUAAGGGCUACCAGCGCUUCGAGGCUGUGGAGCAGAGUGAUUUUUUCAGUUCAAGCCAGACAGGGGCAGGACUGGCUCCCCGCCAAAGGCUCCUUUUCAUCAGCAUCCUGGAUAAAAAGGUGACUCUGCACAGCUAUAACUGGUCUGUGGACCUGGGUGCCUCCAUGAACCGAGAGUUGGUCCGCCUUGUUAAAUGGCAGAAUGCCAGGGGUCAUGUUGUCCGUUGCCUGCUUAACCAGAAGAUGGGCUUAUUCCACCAUUACUGCUUUUCUGAUGCACCCGUGCAUGAAAUGGAAUCCAAGCAGCAGGAUUCCGACUGUUUCCUCAGCCCCUCUGUGGAACCUGAUGCAUUGCUACGGAGUGCAGUUCCUCCUUUGCCUAGCAAAGAGCCGGGCAGGCUUGGUAGCGCUGGCCGAAGUCUUGCUCCACUCCACUUCCCAUCCGAGCUGCUCCCCUUUGAUGAAGCUCUGAGGGACAUAUGCACCAUUCGACCCUUGACAGAGGGGGAUGUGGUGACCAGUCAUGGCGGCCAGCUCUUGGAGAUCAAAGCUGCUGAGAGGAGGGAACUGGAGAAACAGAUGAAGAUAGAGAACCUCUUUGUGACUUGGCAACAGAGGUCAGCACAGUCUAACAUGCCCAUUUCAGGGGCAGAUUUGGAGACCCUGAAGCAGUCAUCAAGGCUGGUCCACUACUGUGCAACCCCUCUCCUCUUUGACCCUAUCUUCCGCAAGAAGAUUCAAGAGGAACAGAUUGUGCAGCCCCCGGUGAAGGAACGACAUCGCUCCAGUGACUCCACAGCAUCAGGUCGGGACCGCAGCUAUAGCACCGACUCAGCUGACAUGCUGCCAAGCCGACUCAAGGAAGAGCCCUGGCUGCUCGACAUUUGCAGCACCUUCCUCCAGCAGUAUGUCCAGUACUUGCAGAGCAUGGGCUUUAUUUUGGUCCAAGUCCGGCCUCAGUCUCCAGCUCGCAGCAUUGCCCGGGCCCGUGCUGCGAUGCUGAACUCUGCUUCAUUGGAAGGGAGGAUGUCUUUUUCUUAUGUAAAGCAGAAGAGUGAGGACAGCCCUAAGACUACAGCGUCUGGCACCACUGCAUAUCAACUCCAGAGGGCCUUGCCAGGUGGGAUGGUGCUGAUGGAACUGGCUUUUCAGGGUUGUUACUUUUGUGUGAAGCAGUAUGCACUGGAGUGUUCCCGCAUUCCCAUGGGCCAGACAGUCAACUCCCAGGGCAGCAUCCUCAACAAACCUCGUUGCAAGCCGUUUCCAGAUGCCACCCCAGUAUCUGACUGUGCGCUCUCCAUGCUCUUCACCGAGGAAUGUGAUAAGGUGCGGGACCUGAUGCACGUUCACUCCUUCAGCUAUGAUUUCCAUCUGCGAGUCGUUCACCAGUACUUGGUUGGCUGCCACAUGACGCUGCGCCAGGGCUACCAGCUCACCGACUUCCUGGAUGACUUCAUCUCCCAUCACCCAGACAUUCCCAAGUUUGGCCGCAACCAUGUCGUCCAAGGGAGCAUCUCCAUCUCUACUGGGAUGAUAACUGCUCAUCAGCUCUACAACUACAUCACUGACCAUGCCAGCACCUAUGGAAUGAAGCCACUAAGAAUGUCCAAGACUGCAGUCACCAAUGACAACAAGAAAGGCAAGCCUGACCUUCACGAGUAUGCUCUGGUGACACUGUGGAACAGUUCGGGCUCUUACAAAGAUCUCGAGGGACUGCACCACCACGAUGAUUUUGACGUGUCCCUCGUGGUGUGCCAUAAUGCAGCUCCAUUUGAGGAGCAGUCAGAUGGGGAGCGGCAUUUGCUGAGGUUGAGGUUCUAUGUGAUCAUGACCAGUCAGAGAGAGCUCUUCCCCCACCUCACAGCUGACAUGCGGCGUUUCAAAAAGCUACCACAGAUCCAACGUGAUCCAGGAGAUGUGGGCGGUCGGCUCCCCCCAGAUCGAGCAGAUGCCUAUGGGUCACGUAGCCCCGAGCAGGACCAUUGGGAGGAAACAUCACCCCAUUUUCCAGCCACCUCAGCCCCCAGUGAUGGGAAUGAGUUUUAUCCUCUGGUGAGGGGUGGCCCAGAAGCUCAGGGUCUGCUCUACCCCUCCCCUUUGUUCCCUUUACUCAACAAUGAGGUUGCAUUAGCACGCAGACAGAUCCAGGCCAGUGUGGAGCAGGCCAUGGGUCACUGCCGCAGGGAUAAUUUGUGGAGGAGACUGUUCCAUGGAGAGCACCUGGCUAUGGACAAACUGAAGCUGACCAAGCUGUCAUUCAGUGAACUGGAGGAGCUGCUCGCAGCUGUACAGAGCCGCUCAGUCGGAGAGAUUGACCCGCAAUUGGACUGUUUUCUGACCAUGAGUCCAGCCUGGUACCAGAGUCUGAUCAAAGUCCUGCUGAACCGCUUCCCUCAGAGCUGUAGACACUUCGACAACAAUGGCAUCCAGUACCUGGCUGUUCUGAACCAGAAGUUCACAGACUGCUUUGUUCUGGUCUUCUUGGACACCCAAGCAGGAAAAACAAGUCUAAAGGUUGUGUUUCGUGAGCCGCUGCCAUCACAGCCACAAGCCAGCAGCAGCCCUCCUCCCCAGCUGGUGUCCAUGUAUCACCACCUGGAGUCUGUCAUCAACACAGCUUGCUAUAACCUCUGGACAGGACUAUUAUAGAGUUGAUCAGGGCUGGACCUGCUGGAGCCUAUGUAUAUGUGACCACAGUUAAAUUGGGAAGCAACAGUUUUAUGAGAUUUGAAUAACAAUCUGAAACUCCAAGACAGUUAGUUGGCUCACCUAAACCCUAAACAAGUAAAAAAAAACUAAAAGUCUCCUAACUGGUGUGUCAGACUUUUUUCUGUAGUUUUUUUUCCAGUUAAGUAUACAAUCAUGUAUGUAUGAUAACCACAUAAAAAAAAUUCUCAGAAAACAGGUGGAAUUGAACCCAAUUAGAAUGGCAGUAGUAUACAUGUGUCACCAUCUACCGUUAGUGUAAUGUUAGCAGUUAAACUUUGUACUUUAUAAUGAUACUGUGCUAUUUUUAUCUGUUCACAUAAACUAAACACACUAAAACUACCUGUACUGAAUUUCCCUGAGUGCAGGUAACAAGUAACAGGGUUUCCCACAGUGUCCUAAAUUAUAAAACACCUAACAUCUGAGGAAAUUACGUUUAUCAAACAAAAUACUAAGCUUCAACAGGGGGGGGGGUAGGCUUUACCCAAAAGCUUAUUGUGUUUGUUUUGUUAACUCAUAAGACUUCCAUCCAUUCAUUAUUAUACAGCUUUUCCUUUGAGGGUCACGGUGGUGCUGCCAAUCCCAGCAGACAACGGGCUAAAGAGGGUGUAAACCCUGGACAGGUUGUCAGUAUAUUGCAGGGCUAACAUAGACAACAUUUACUCACAUUUACACCUAUGGACAAUUAAGAGUCUCAAAUUAACCUAACCUUUAAACCUGCAUGUGAUAGGAUUGAGGGAGGAAGCAGAAGUACCCAGACAAAUCCCACUGAGACACAAAAAAAACAUGCAGAUUCCUAACAGACAGACUCCGGCUGAACUAAGAUUUUAAGUUGGGAACCGUCUUGCUGUGAGAAACAGGCUAACCCCCACCUUACCGCCCAUGACCAUGACUUGAGACUUGAAUAUUCACAAUGUACAGAUCAGCCGACUGUUAACAGUGUGAACUUCACACUAAAGAUGCACACAAUCUGAUCCAUCAGCAAGACCGUAGUCACAGUAAAAUACUAUUCCAGUACUACUGAAACAAGAGCACUACAUGUAUUACAUCUUAUUAUAAGAGCUCAAACUGCACACAGCCAACCACAAUGACUGAUCUGGCCAAAAUGUUUUAAUUCUACAAUUGCUAAAUCGCAACCAGGCCGGUUACGAUCAGCCUUCAUCCAGCAAAGACCACAUAUAGAAUGAAAUGGUUAACUCUAUAACUCUCUUUAUUUAUUUUUUUUUCCUCUGUUUUCAGUUCCUCUGGUCAACAAAAUGCUUUGAGGUUGGUGACCUGCCUGGAGUAGUGUGCAUGACACAUACUCUGAUAAGGAGUUCAGGUUUCCAGCAAUUUCGAUGACUCGUCCUGGCACAAAGCACCGUUUAGUCAUAAGAAACCAAUAACAAACACUGACUAUAAACUGCACAAGUUUCAUAUUCGCAGUUUGAUUAAUAGGUCAGUUUUCUCUGAUCUUGUGCCUGCCGAUCACAUUUUGCUAUCUUUUCAUACCACAUCAGUGUUUUGUAUUUCAUAGUGACAGACAGCUGAGAUGUCAGCCCAGGGUCGGAGGACUUAUGUGUUUAGACUUCCAUCAUUGUCAGACUUGCUUCCCACUUACACACCACUGCCGUAUCUGCAGCCUUGAAGUGCCUUUUAUUCCUUUUUUAAUUCUCCAACCUUUGAAGUGAUACUGUUGUCAUUCCAUCAGAUCUGCAUAUACAGUUUUUGGAAACUGCCUGAGUCACUUUGGAUAACUGUGACAAAAAUGGCCUUCCACAAGCAGGAAAAUGGGUCAUAACAACUUACAAGGUCAUUUGCAUAAUAGCAUGCCACAUGUCAUAACAGUGUACCAAAGAAUGUUCAGGGUGAUGAGUUUUACAUGUGGCUGGUAAUCAUACCUCAGUUUAUAAGAAGGCUUGAAGCCAGCCUCAUAUAAAGGUGUUGAAUCACAGCAAACAUAGGGACUUGAUAUCCACUGAGACACCCGUCAUGAAAUACAUAUUGAAGCAAUAUGCUUUUGCACAUUUUCGUGGCGAGGAAACUAUAAAGAAGUUUGAGCUUUAAGCUUAUAAAUGAAGAGAUUUUGAACAGAGCAGCACUCUCAGUAUUCUGUUUAAAUAUUUAACACUGGAUAUUAAUGAUGCAAAUGUGAAUUGUUAUAGGUAGCAUUGUUCAAUGUUGUAUAAACACUGGACAAACAUGAUUGGUCAAACUAGGGAGGGAAACCGUAAGACUUUAAAAAGUCUUGUCCAUCGCUUACAGAUUCAACAUAUUCACAUGCAGAAUCUGUUUAUAGAGAUUACUCCCUCCCCAACUGUAUCAUGUAUAUUAUGUAUGUACAGAAUACUUUAUACAGUAUGUUAAAUGCUUGAUAAACCAGUAGAAUAAAUAAGUGUGAUGAAAAAUGUUUCCAUCAUCUGUCAGCUGUAGCUGAUUAAUAUGUAGACUAUAUCAUGAAAAAGUCUAAUUGCUAGGCAGGGUCAGGAGACCAGCAGUAAUGAGCAUGUGAACUGGCCGACACAAGACUGAAGCAAAGACUGCAUGUCUCAACUCAAGUUAGGGCUGCACGAUUUAUUGAAAAAUUAUAACAUUUCAUGCCUCUUUUAUCUCAUGAUUAUGCCAGUUACUAAGAACAUUGCAUCAAAGCCUACUGAUGUUCAGAACAUAUACAUAAUAAUUAACUGUAACACAUUAGCAAAUUUCAUACUUCAGAUUUGUGACUUGAGUUGCAAAAAUCUUUAGCUCUGUGGUUGAGUCACCUGGUCAUCACUUGCUGUGUCCAGUAAUCUUUAAUCCAACCCAGACCUUCCUUUGUGGAGCCUUAAGUGAAGAGUGAUGAUGAUUAUGCUUGUUUCUUCAACCUGUUCUCUUUAUCACAAUCAUUUAUUUUAUAGUAUUAUUUAAUUAGAAAGUUCACUGACCUAGUGGCUUGUAUUCACAGCCAAUGUAUCCCAGGUACCCAUAGUUUUCCAGUGUGUUGAACAGGUAGCUGUAGUUGAGCUCUCCUGCACUGUCAGGCUCGUUCCUGCCGGGAACCUGAGCAAUCUGUAUAUGACCUGUGAAACACAACCAUGCCUCUUUGACUGCUGCACCAUGCAUAUUUCAUCUUUAUUACCUCCAGAGGGAUGUUGAUUUUUCCUUUCUUUUUGUAUCUUACCAAUUAUAGGUAAAUACUUUAUGAUGUUCUGUGUCAGGUUACCAUCCAUUAUUUGCCAGUGAAAGAUAUCCUGAAACAGUUCAGUUAAAGUCAACAUUUGUUAAGUCAAGCCAU